AUGCAAUUAUGUUUGUUUUCCAUUCCUUUGAUCUUUUCCGCUUCAUCUUCCCUUGGAACACAUUUAUACAUUUCUUGGGCUUUGACUUUGACCACUGUCAAAGUUCCUUUGACAAGGUUGGAUGUUUUCUACGUGCUUAUCUCCAUCCUUUGCGUACUUUUUGUUUCCCCAUGGCACAUUGACAAGACUUUCUACCUUCGAUAUUCCCUGAUUGCCCUGGCCUUCAUUCGGAUGCCCACAGUACUCUUGGCCUCUCGAAUCUCCGUGGUCGUCGCUUGCAACGUGCUGGCUUUGCUGAACAUCAGUUUGCGGGUGAGUUUUGAAGACCUGAAUGCCCCUGAACUUCGAAUGUCUGCAGCAAUUGCACUUGGAGUUGAGGUGAUGAGCUUUUUCGGUGUGAUUUCCUUCGGAAUCUUCAUGAAUUCCUUGGUUCGACAAAGAGUGGAAAGUCAAUUGGCCUUAGACAACAUGGCAGAGCAGCUCUCAGCCGCCUCUUCCUUGUUGCGCUUGACCUGCGAUGCUGUCAUCGAGCUGGAUGGGAAGCAGCGAUUGACACGACACUCACCUGAGUUGGCCACGAUGCUUCUCAUAGAUCGUCCUGGUGCGACUUUGGAGGGCCGGAGCUUGAUGGAGUUCAUGCCCCCAGAGGAGACUGCUCGAGGGCGAGACUUUUUGACCAAGCUGAUCCCAUCAGAGAGUGAUGAUCCUUGCGAGCCCUGUAUCACAGCACAUGCCUUCCAUACUCGCUUGGUGGACAGCGCUGCGAGCAAGAUGCAGGUGGAGGUGUUUCAGGUGAGAUUUGACACAGAUGAUGGCACAAUACACAGCUUGGUGGGCUUGAGGGACUUCACUGAUGUCACAUCUUUGUCUGGUGGGAAUGAACAUGCACAGCAGGACAUGCUCCAGGCGACAUCCUUUCGGCACACGGAGUUGUCCAUCCGAAGCUCCGGUUCAGAGCUCAGCCCAAUGAGGAGCACGCGCAGUUCACAAGACUCCAUGAUGACUGCGGAAGAUGAGGCACAUGGAUGCCUGAAAGAGAGAACGCCGAGCGGGGGACACUUGUUCGCAGGCAUGGUGCUCCAUGCGGCCUCUUCUGCUUUGUCCUCCUGGGUGGGCAAGUCGGUGACAGAGGUCUUCCCAUCGCCUCACACUGUCCUCCUUUUGGAACGCAACUUGGAAUAG